AUGCCUUGUAUUCAACCCACACGUAAAAGAACUUUGGCAAACAUAAACCAAGACAGAGUACAAUCAAGCUUUCAUUUCCAUGAACAAAAACGUGUCUUUGCGAUCACACCUGAUCCUUCACCUACCACCAUUACUUUAGCCCAAGAUUUUUUAAGACUUGAAGAUACGGACCGUCUUGUUCAAUGCAUUAAACAAUUGUACAAUAAUAUAUCGUUUUCUUCAAGACAAUUUAUCGAUUAUAUUAUCAAACAUCAUGCAGGCCAUUUGCCUAAAUUACUUUCUGUUUAUUAUAGCCUGUCUACACAAUUAGAUGUACUUGCAUUAAGACUCGAACCUCUAAUUUCUCAAAUACCUCGACUUGACCAAGUCUUGUGUGAAUUGAUCUCGUUUGAAGAAAGACAUGUUAUUCAAGCUUAUAUUCGUGCACUUGAUACCAAGACAUUGGACGAUUAUUUUUAUCAUGAUGGAAAGCAGCUUGUUGACUGGAGGCAAGUUGGUGUUAUGAAAUCAGAACAUACCCAAAGACUAUGGUAUAUACUUGAAUAUUAUCAUGUUAUCAUGGACUCAAAUCAAUUGAAAUCUAUCUUGAUACAACUCAUGCAAUUGAACCCAACCCAAGACAGUCUUUAUCAACAAUUACGAAAAGUCAAGGAAACGUUAUUUAUGCCACAAUCCAAACUCUCGAGUAAACAAUACGAUGCUUUACUUGCUAAAUUACCUGUAUUUCAUUUGAUGUCGACCUGGUUUUUUGAAUUUAAUCCUCAAUCCACGACACAUAUGUCAGAUUUUGUUUCGCAUCUCUUUUCUUUACAUGCCAUGGAAAACCAGUUCGACAUCUCACUCAUACUCUACAUGUAUCAUGCAGCAUGCAAGCAGCUAGUGGCAGAUAGACAAGUGGAAGUGAGAGUGUCUUAUAUUAUAGAGACAUUGAAUGAAGCAGCAUGGAGAUCAUUAGAAAAAGACGAUACAGAUGAAUUAGCUAUGUUUCUUCAGUUGGCUCAAGUAGCUCUAGAACACAUGCACCCCUUUAUUGGCUAUACCUAUGCUAGCUGGUUUGAUACACUCUUUGUGCAUCAACGUAUACGAACCCUUAAUAAGCGUAUGGGCACUUUAUUCAUCAACAUGCUGCAUCAAAUGAUGUCUUUCGAAAUACCGAGUGUCCUUCAGAUCCAUGGAAAAGCAUUGUUGAACUGUACUACUUUACCCAAUGCAUCUUUGUUUGUGUCUGCUGUUCGAAAAAGACUAUUAGAACUUGGUGUAGAUCAUACAUUGAAAGCCUGGCCCACAUCACUUAAAUUACCCGUGCCAGCUGAUAAUCACCAUGCUGUAGAUACAAUUGAAGUAGGCGAUGUAUUAACAAAAUUCAUUGAAAAAGACGGUGCGAUACCUGCCAAAUUGAUUCAAGCAACCGUGUUUCAUAAAUCAUGGUCCUCAUAUGAAAGCAAAAGAUCAGUUGAUUCUGACCUUAAGAAAAAAGCAUAA